GCCCGUGGCACCCGCUGCACCUUCCAACCUCCGCCCCUGACUAGAACAAGAUUAGUACUACCAUUUAGUUGUUUGAUUCUCUUAGUUUGCAGCAGACUCGUCUUCUUCUCAUGUCAUCAUCCUUCAGCUACGAUGUGUUCCUCAGCUUCAGAGGCUCUGAUACUCGCUACGGUUUCACUGGCAAUCUCUACAAAGCUCUUUGUGACAAGGGAAUCCAUGCCUUCAUUGAUGAUGAGGAGCUUCAAAGAGGGGAUGAAAUCGGAGAAGCACUUAUCGAAGCCAUUAAACAGUCUAGGAUGGCCAUAGUUGUGUUCUCCAAGAACUAUGCAUCUUCUUCCUUUUGCUUAGAUGAACUUGUCAAAAUCAUUGACUGUGUUAAGGAAAAGAGUCGUUUACUUUUGCCCAUUUUCUACGACGUCCACCCUUCGCAUGUUCGAGGCCAGUCUGGGAGUUAUGCAGAAGCUUUGGCCAUGCACCAGGAAAGGUUCAAAAGCAGCAACCAAAGCCUCAAUGAUAACAUGGGCAGGUUGCAAAAAUGGAAGAUGGCUCUUAACCAAGCAGCUUGUCUGUCCGGCAAGCAUUACAAACUUGGAAAUGAAUAUGAACACGAGUUUAUAGGGAAGAUAGUUAAAGAGGUCUCCAACAAGAUAAACCGCAGACCUUUGCAUGUUGCAGAUUACCCCGUUGGGAUGGAGUGUCGAGUGCAAAAAGUGAAGUCACUUCUUCAAUUUGGAUCUGAUUCUGGAGUCCACAUUGUAGGGAUAUAUGGAAUAGGCGGAAUGGGGAAGACAACACUAGCUCGAGCAGUUUACAAUUCCAUUGCAGACCAAUUUGAAGGUUUAUGUUUUCUUGAUGGUGUGAGAGAAAACGCUGUUAAACACGGGUUAGUACAUCUCCAAGAGAUGCUUCUUUCUGAAAUAGUUGGAGAGAAGGAUAUUAAGAUAGGAAGUGUAAGUAAAGGAAUUUCAAUAAUAAAGCAUAGGCUCCACCGAAAGAAGGUUCUUUUGAUUCUUGACGAUGUUGACAAACUAGAACAAGUGCGAGCAACUGUUGGAGUGCCUAAUUGGUUUGGUUCUGGAAGUAGAGUCAUCAUAACAACUAGGGACAAACAUCUGCUUCAGGGAGUUGAUGGAAAAUAUGAGAUAGAGGAUUUAAACGAGGAAGAAGCACUUGAAUUGCUUAGUUGGAAUGCUUUUAAAGAUGACAAAGUUGAUCCAAGUUACAAGGACAUUUCAAACCAAGCAGUGGCUUAUGCUUCUGGCCUUCCACUAGCUUUGGAAGUAAUAGGUUCCUUGUUGUUUGGAAAAGGCAUAAGAGAAUGGGAAUCUGCAUUAGAUCAGUUCAAGAAAAUCCCUAACAAAAGGAUCCAAGAAAUACUUAAGGUGAGCUACAAUGCUUUAGAGGAGAAUCAACAGAGAAUUUUUCUUGACAUCGCUUGCUGCUUGAAAGGAUAUGAAUUUGAAGAGGUUGAAGAUAUUCUUGGUGCUCAUUAUGGUGUUUGCAUGAAAUAUGACAUAGGAGUGUUGGUGGAUAAAUCUCUCAUAAAAAUUAAGAAUGGCUGUGUGACACUUCAUGAAUUGAUAGAGGUUAUGGGCAAGGAAAUUGAUCGCCAAGAAUCACCCAAAGAGCUUGGGAAACGCAGGAGGUUAUGGUUCCAUAAAGAUAUAAUUCAAGUUUUAGCAGAAAAUACAGGGACCAGUGAGAUUGAAAUCAUCUGUUUUGAUUUCCCCUUAUUUGAAGAAGAUGAAGAAGUAUUUGUAGAAUGGGAUGGAGGGGCCUUUAAGAAGAUGAAAAACCUGAAAACACUAAUUAUUAGAAACUCUCAUUUUUCAAAAGGUCCAGCAUAUCUUCCAAAUAGUUUAAGAGUAUUAGAAUGGUGGACAUAUCCAUUACAGGAUUUACCAACUGAUUUUCAUCCGAACAAACUUGCCAUAUGCAAAUUACCCAGAAGUUGCUUUACAUCACUUGAGUUAGCAACCAUAUCAAAGAAGUUCAUGAAUCUGACAGUUCUGAAAUUUGAUGGGACUGAAUGUUUGACGAAAAUACCUGACAUAUCCAGCCUCCAAAAUCUAGAAAAACUGACAUUUGAGUGUUGUGAGAAUUUAGUAGCAAUUCAUGAUUCUGUGGGUUUUCUUGAUAAACUUAAAAUCUUGAGUGCUUUUGGGUGCAGCAAGCUUACGAGUUUUCCACCCAUCAAGUUGAUCUCUCUUGAACAACUGGAUCUUUCAUCAUGUUCAAGUCUUGAGAGUUUUCCGGAAAUAUUAGGAAAGAUGGAAAACAUAACACAGCUAGAGUUGAAGUACACUCCCUUAAAAGAAUUCCCAUUUUCAUUUAGAAAUCUUGCUCGACUUCAAGAUUUGGUGCUGGUUGACUGCGGAAAUGUUCAGUUGCCGAGUAGCAUUGUCAUGUUGUCAGAACUGGCUGAGAUUUUCGCCCUUGGGUGUAAAGGGUGGCUAUUGCCAAAACAAGAUGAGAAUGAUGAACAAAAAGUAAGCUUAGUGUCUUCAAAUGUAAAAUGUCUUUGUCUCUCGGGCUGCAAUCUAUCAGAUGAAUACUUUCCCAUGGUUUUAGCAUGGUUUGGUAAUGUGAAAGAGUUAGAGCUAUCAAGCAAUAGCUUCACAUUUCUUCCAGAAUGCAUCAAACAGUGUCGCUCUUUAAAAUUACUUAACUUGGAUAACUGUGAGCAUCUUCGAGAAAUUAGAGGGACUCCACCAAAUUUAGAAUAUUUCUCUGCUGGAAAUUGCAAAUCCUUGAGUUUCUGUUGUUCAGCCAUGCUAUUGGACCAGGAACUGCAUGAGGCUGGAAACACCAUGUUUUGUUUGCCAGGAUCUUGGAUUCCAGAAUGGUUAGAGCAACAAAGUAUAGGUCCAUCACUAUCUUUCUGGUUUCGUGAGAAAUUCCCUGUCAUGGAUCUGUGUUUUGUUAUUGGGCCAAUGGGUACUGACUCUAUAUUGUUUAGACCAAUCAUGACCAUCAAUGGCAACACAAUGGAGAUAAACUCCUUAACUGAUAAGAGAUUUUGUUUCGAUUUCCCGGCAUCGGAUUAUCAUAUACUCAUCAUUGGUACAAAGUACAUGAAGUUUGGAGAUAAUCUGGAUAAACCACUCUCAAAAAACGAAUGGAAUCAUGUGGUGGUUUCCAUUGCUCUUGAUUUUGAACCAACCCCUAAAGAGAUAAUUGUCAAGCAAACUGCACUCCAUGUAAUCAAACCAGAAAGUAGCAUGGAUGAUAUCCAAUUCACCGAUCCUUGUAAUCAACCUUCCUUCAAAGAGAAGCAAAGAUUGGUUGACACUGUUGAUUGUCACAGACAAUUUAUGCAGCAGCAAACCACUUUGGUUUCAUUGGAACCACUUUCAAUGAAUCCACCUCAAGCAUGCAAAAAUAAUCUGAAUUGGGAUUCAUUUUCAACUGGAACAAGUAGCAUUGCCAGUGUCCAGGAAUAUGAAAUUGCAUCACAGAAGUUACGUUUGGACAUGGGGAUUUUGCAAUUUGUGCAGCAGCGGAAAAGAUUGGCUAUUUUGGGUUUACUGCAACAACGACGCACGGCUUCAUUGGAUUUACUGCAACGAAGGGGCAGAGAAUUGCUUUCUUUGCUUUCUUCUCCAUCAUUGGAGUUGAUGGUCUCAUGGGAGAGGAGAUGCAUCACCAGUGUCCAAGGCUUGCAGGAGCAACAUUUACCUUCCACCAUCAAACAAAACUUUGAAGGUUGUAAUGGCAUCAAUGAUGCCAAAGUGAAUGAAGUCAUAAGAUGCAACAACAAUUCUGGAAAUGAUAAUGAGAGAACCCCAUUAAUGGAAGAGCUACUAAUGACAAAGGAGAAUGAUGUUCACAGCAAGAGAUACCAACAUGUCGGGAAAAUGGCUUCGGAUCCAAUGGAAUUAGAAUAUCUUUUACACAUUCAGAAGAUCAAUUUCUCUCAAAGAUAAACACUCUGUAAUUUCAAUGACAAGAGUUUCUUGUGUGCUAUAAUCCUGUUAUUGGUUGCAUUAUAUUUAUUUUUCUUUCUUGUAUUAUGUUGUAUAUUUAUAAAUCAUCCAAUAUGUAAAUGAUUUAUGCAUUGAAUUACUCCAACUUUUUCAUUUAAA